GCGAUGGAGAGGCUCUGCGUUGCGUGUCUUCUGAUGGUCUCUGUCUCGCUGCCCUCCGAGGGACACCCCUGCGGAGACGGGGGCCCAUGUCCUACUCAGACCCUGGAUGGAAAGGAGUUGACAAUGAUGUUUUAUGACUUCAUGAAAACCUACGGCAAGAUCUAUAAGGACCAGAAAGAAGAGACACAUCGCUUCAAGAUCUUUGUGGAGAACUUGGAGAGGGCCAAGAAGCUGCAGGAAGAGGAGAGAGGGACUGCGGAAUAUGGAGUCACCAAAUUUAGUGACCUGUCAGAGGCUGAGUUCAAGGGUGGAAGCGUCCAGCCAGACAUCCAUCUCAGUUGUCACAAAGUGAACACCAAUAACCAGAUGGAGAACCUUCCCGACAGUAAGGACUGGAGGGAUAGUAACUCAGUUACUAACGUCAAAGACCAGGGAAAAACCUGCAAUUCCUGCUGGGCAUUUGCAGUGGUCGCCAACGUGGAAUCCCAGUGGGCCAUCAAGACAAAGAAGCUAAUCUCGCUCUCUUCUCAGGAGGUCCUAGACUGUGCAGAAGCCGGUAACUGCAGUUGCGGUUAUAUUGAUGUUGCUUUCAAAAGUUUGAUCAGUAAAGGCCUCAUGAGUGAGGAAGACUAUAAGUACAAAGCAACAAUUGAUGACUGUCACAUUAACAAUGCCAAAAUUGUGGUGAAGGUUAAGAGUUGUGAGUACCUGGUGAAGGACGAGACUGCAAUGAAACAGUACGUAGCGCUCAAUGGGACCAUUACAACCCUGGUAAAUCCGAAUGGAUUAAAGGAUUACAACUGCGGCAUUAUCAAAACCCAAGUCCCCUCUCUCGGUAAACAUCACGCAGUGCUAAUUGUUGGCUACGGUGUAGAGUCCAAAGUCCCGUACUGGAUUGUAAAGAACAGCUGGGGAAAAGACUGGGGAGAGGAGGGCUAUUUUCGUAUUUAUCGAGGAGGUAACAUCCACGGAAUAGCAGAAUACCCCAUGACAGCCACAGUGUAGAGGUGGUGCUGAGGAAGGAGCUGAGCUCCCUCUGCUUCGCUGCUGCUCAAUGAACCACGUACACCUGCUUGCAACCACUGGCACCAACCUCCGGGAGCACCGCCUCAAUCCUGGAAUUCCCCUGGCGUUGGACCUCCGGAGGAGCGGUCAAUCUCUCACUGCUCGAGGCGCUGUUCAAAGGCUCAUAGGGCACAGAAGGAGGCCAUGGGACUCACCGCCCCCAUGCUGGCUGUUUGGAAGAGUUAGUCCCCAUACCGCACACCCUCCCUGCUCUCUCCCCACAAACCUGCAAAUUUAUCCACUUCAAGUAUUUAUCCAAUCCCCCUUCUGGAAAGUUCCUAUUGAAUCUGCUUCUGCCGCCCUUUCAGGCAGCGCCUUCCAGAUCACAACCACUCGCUGUGUAAAUUAAAAAUUCUCUACAUCUCCCCCACUCUGGUUCUUUUACCGAUUCUCUUCAAUCUGUGUCCCCCUCUGGUCACCGACCCUCCUGCUACUGGGAACAGCUUCUCCUUAUUUACUCUAUCCAAACCCCUCAAGAUUUUGAACGCCUCGAUUAAAUCUCCCCCUUAACCUGCUCCACUCUAAGGAGAACAAUCCCGGUCUCUCCACAUUAACUGAAGUCUCUUAUCCCCGGUAUUUUGCUGAUAUAUGUUCCCUGUCCCAUCUCUCAGGCAAUUUAGCGAAGAAGGUUAAUGGUUUUCUCUUAAGUUAAUCGCCUGACAGAUGUCCGAAUUCCCUCAGUAACAAGGCUAUCGGUUGUUAGUGUGAGAGGAGAGAGUGUCUCCUUGUAUUCACAGAAGGUAAAUACAUUUGGGACCAGUACUCUCAUUUCCCAGUUUUUACUGGUGUUCCAUUUUUAUGUAUACAAGACCAGGUCAGACCAGUUUUUGCUGGUUUUCCCUUCUGGGGUUUUUACCCACCUUGGAAACCUCAGCUCAUUCUGAGAACCGAGCAAAUAAAUCUCCUGCAAUCUUCUCUGUCCCAG